GCCAUGUACUGUAACCUGUCAGGCUGUCAGCAGCAAAAGUGAAACCUGUUUUAUUUCUUAAGUGUUUUUUUCCAUGAAAUUUUCAUGUCCAAAGAAAUUUUUAAAUAUCGUUUGUCUCCUUUUGCAUUGUCCGUGGUAGAAGAAGAUCGGAAAUAUUACUACCAACAAUUAGAACAUCUAAAGUGUCACGAUCCUUUGGCAAUACCACUUCCACUUUUCAAGUGUGGAAAAGUUUUAAAAACAAUUAUCCCUUCCAUUGAAAAAUAUCACCUAGUUCAGUAUUUGGUUUUUGAGAAAAACAAAGAUGAAGAGGGACGCCGUGAAGCUUACAAAAACUUAGACUCUGAACAAUACUUGUCAAACCCUUUCACUGACAAGUUAUUGGCACUUACUCUUUCUAAUUUGGUUGUGUUGAUUCGUACUCAUGUUACCCAUUCCCAGUCUUUAAACUUGCCAAAAGCAAGACCUUGGGCUGCUUUACAAAAUGAUGGCAAAGUGAUUGUUGCUUUUUGUGAUUGUAUUGCAGGGUACGUACAACCACAAUGCUAUUGUUGUUUACAUUCAGAAUGUUAUCAAGAUAAUUAUAGUAAUUCAACUUUCUUCAUUACAAAUACACAGGUUAGGUGGUGUAUGCAUACAUGUAAGUGCACUUCUUCAGUUGGCAGUUAAACAUUAUUCGGAUAGCUAGUGUGAGUCAAAUGAUGAAACAUCUGAUGACGAGAACAGUGUGCCUGUGACAUCUAGGCCGUGUACUUGGAACAAGCCCACCAAGGGACCUGUACCAGUACCAAAGUUAGCACAUUUAAGCGUGUUCUAUCUAUCUAUCUAUCUAUUUCAAAAGAAGAGCAGCAUUCUGUCGAGUUGGUUACGCACGACCAAAGUGUUAAUGAGGAGUGGAUUGAACAACGAAGUGGCAGACCAACAGGGACCAAAAUUACCCGCAUCUGUAAGAGAGAUUGGUCCAAAAUGGAGCUCACAAGUGGCGAAAUCAAGUUUGUCAUGGAAAUUUGUAACCCUGAACUAGUAAAGUUUACUGGCAACAAAAACACACGAUAUGGAUUGAAACAUGAACCCGAUGCAGUUGCUCUCUUACAAAAAGUAAUUAACGAGAAAAAAGAGCACGAGUCGUUCAAAUGUGAAGCAGUUGGAUUAGUGAUAUCAACCUCCACUCCAUAUCUAGCAGCGUCACCCGAUAGGGUUUGUAGUUGUUUGUGUCACGACAAAUAUGUUUUGGAGGUAAAAUGUCCUCCAACAUUACACGGAAAAAACAUUGAAGAACAUGCCAGGAGGACAAAAGGAUUUUGUCUUUUGAUAAACAACGAUACAAACAAGUUGUACCUCGAUCCUAAACAUCAAUACUACUACCAGGUACAACUGCAACUGUAUGUAACUGGGCUGAAGUCUGCAAUUUUUGCUGUUUUUAAUGGUAAAAAUGGAAUCGAGUAUCUGGAAGUGAAAAGAGAUGAGACCUUAAUUGAUGAGAUUGUUUCUAAGGGGAAACUGUUUUUCCUAAACUUUAUCCUUCCAGAGCUCCUGGCAAAGCGUUACAGUUCAGUGAAAAGUGUACCCGCGUCAAGAGACAUAAAUCAGUCUGCCGUACCGUUUCACAGUGCGAACCUUAAUCAGUACAUUUGCUACUGCCAAGAUCCAGUCAGAGAAGGGGAAACUAUUAUGUGUUGUAGUGAUAUGUGUGUCAUCCACGAGUUCCACAAAUCGUGCACUCGAAGCAAAGUAUUUAGGAAUUGGAUCUGUAUUUAUUGCAAAAAAGAAAUUGCUUCUCAACGAAAAAAAGUGGCUGCUGAACAACAGAGGAAAGACGCUUCAUGUAACGCUAAUGAAAUUCUUGAAGACGUUACUGUAAAUAAAGAACUCAUCAGUAUCUCUACGCAACCAACAAGUUCUGGACACAUCGUUGGUAAUACUUUAACAAGUAACAUUGAAAAUCCAACUGUGGGUGAUGUUGGUCCCGUCGUUCAUCAACUUGUGAGCAGUAAUCGAUCUCAUUCUACCACUUCUCGGCGUGGUCGACCCCCCCCCAAAACAAAAUUGAUCUCUGUACCUAUAUUAAUGAACCAAGUGAAAUCAGAAUCGUUUGUGGAACCGUGCAAUGUGGAACUUGUAAACGACGAGAAUGUUGCACCUAUGGAAACUCAAAUUGUUACAUCUACUGCAAAAAGAGGAAGUCCAAGCUCUGUGUCCGUUCUAGGACAGCACAACACAUUAGUCAAUCACAGUCAAUCAAAGAGAACAAAGGUGUAUCAUAAUAAAGAUUCUAUCCCGGUUGUGUGUACUGUAAAUUCUGUUAGUCGAUCCGGACGAAUAAGAAAGCCGAAUAAAAAUAUCAUGAGAUAAAAUGUA